AAGGAAGGCAGAAAGAAAGGUUCGAUCACAGGAGGAAGGAGCUUUCAGAGUGUAUUAUGGUCAUUCGACCGCCUAGCAUACAAAUCUCAAGAAAUGCGAACGAUUGAACCACGUUGCACGCUAUCCAGUUCAUCCCAGCAGUGCCGCACCUCACGACACUAAGUUCUCAAAGACAUACCUCAACAAGGACAGAAAGUUCUUGUCCGCCGGAAUGCUUCUAUAUUAUCUGGCGGCCAUAUUCAAGGGCUUACAUCCGCGAGUCGACGACGAUUUUGUGGACAAGCUCAAUUAUCACUAUACUUCUGCUAUUAUAUUCGCGUUUGCGAUUAUUGUGUCUGCCAAGCAGUACGUAGGUUAUCCGAUACAAUGUUGGGUGCCUGCGCAGUUCACCGAUGCUUGGGAACAGUACACCGAAAACUAUUGUUGGGUGGAAAACACAUACUACCUCCCGUUAACAAGUGCAUUUCCAUUAGAAUACGGUGACAGGAGGGCACGACAAAUCAGUUACUAUCAAUGGGUGCCGUUUGUGUUAGCGCUCGAAGCGUUAUGUUUCUACAUCCCGUGCAUAAUGUGGAGAGGACUGCUGCACUGGCAUUCUGGAAUCAAUGUGCAAUCAUUGACUCAAAUGGCAUGCGAUGCACGAAUGAUGGAUGCUGAUGCCAGGGCAGCCACCGUGCAGACAAUUGCAGGGCACAUGGAAGACGCUCUUGAAAUUCAACGAGAGGUCACCGAUGUGUCGGGCAUGUGUGUCCAGAAGCGAUGGGCAAACUAUGUGACAUUACUAUAUGUAUUUAUUAAAAUGCUCUACCUUGGAAAUGUUGUAUUACAAGUGUUUAUGUUAAACAGUUUCCUUGGUACUGACAACCUUUUUUACGGCUUUCACAUUUUGAGAGAUUUGUUGAAUGGUCGUGAAUGGGAAGUUAGUGGGAACUUUCCACGUGUAACUAUGUGUGAUUUCGAGGUACGAGUACUGGGUAAUGUGCAUCAUCAUACAGUCCAAUGCGUGCUAAUGAUUAACAUGUUUAAUGAGAAAAUAUUUUUGUUCCUUUGGUUCUGGUACUUCAUGGUAGCUUUUGUGUCAGCAGUGUCCAUGUUCCAUUGGAUUAUUAUAUCUUUCUUACCAGGACAGCACAUGAAGUUCAUCAGAAAAUAUCUACGAGCUACAGAUUUGGCAACUGACAGGCAGUCGGUGAAAAAGUUUGUUCACAAGUUCCUCGGAUAUGAUGGAGUGUUUUGUAUGAGAAUGAUUUCGGCACAUGCUGGAGAUAUUCUUGCUACAGAACUAAUUGUUGCUCUGUGGCAUAACUUCAAUGAUCGUGUCAGGAAGAGUCCAAUCGAGAUGUUCGAAGGCGGUGUCACUCAGUCACCUAGCAAAUUAGACGCCAAUUUCAAAACGUGGCUUCUCGGCCAGACGAGGGGCAAGCCGCCCUUCGACGGCUCAAAUCCGACGCGUGGAAAGAAACGCCGAAAAUCAGAUGGUUACUUCACGUUCGUCUAAUAUCUUGCAUUCAACUAUUCAACCUUCCCGAGUUCUUUCCUCACUUCUCAUCUAACCCGACCACGUGGUGCUCGCCUAUCGUCCACAUCUUUCAAUUAUUUGAUAAUAUGUAUUUCUGUGCCAUUUCAUGUUUUUAUUCAAUUUUCAAAAUGUUUUGUUUUAUUAUUUGGUGAAUUUAGUUCGAAUAUUCCAACUUUUAUAACCAAAAUAAUUGUACAAAGCAUUAUGAAAUGUGUCAUAAGUUCUUCUCUGAAUCAUUCAAAUACCUGGGUACUUUUUCGACCCCGUUCUGAAACAAAAUUGAGCACAGCUCUUGUUCUACCUUUUCCCAUCCCCCAGUGCCAAUAUUUUAGGUGCUCUCUUUCCAAGAAAUCUCAAACUUCACACAUCGACACGCCAUAAACCUUUGGUAAACCCUUACCCAAAUCAAAAAAAAGCUGAGUGAAUUCUAGUCAUUUGUUGUACAGCCCCUUUCCUCCCCAACUAUUUCUGACCCUCUUUUCUGACAAAUGUUGGACUAUUUAAUUGUCUUUCCUACAAAAAAAUACCUUUGUGAACUGCACUUCUCAAUUUACAAAACGAUACAGUGACUGUUUAUAGCGGGUAAUAAGGCAACGUGCAGUAAUCCAUUCUAAUAAGUUUAGGCACUAUAACUUAAUCGUAUUUCUGAUUUUUCUUUUCUCAUCUAAAUUUAUAGGAAUUUUCAAAAUUUCAAAAUUGUUCCCUUUCAAAUUCUCUUAGGGAAUUAUUUUCUAUACAAUUUUCAUCGGGUGUAUGGUCCCCUCUUCCCUUCUUUUCGCCCCCAACGACACAAUUUUUUUUUCAAAUUUAGGAAUUUUUCCCUUUUCCUUUUUCUUUCUAUUGGAUUUUCAUUUCUUUCCAUCGGUGACUCAGAUAACAAUUAUUACCUUCAUAAUCCAUCAAUUACAAAAGAACCUAACAACUUUCCAAUGCAUUUCACCUCAGAGGUAGUUUUCCUUAUUUGUUUGGAAUUUUGCAUGGUGCAUUUUCUGCCUUCCCAUUUUUCUUGCAAAAAUAAAAUGUUCUAAAUUUUUGA